UAGGCUAGAAUUGAUGAGCUUUUAGUUUUUCUAUUCCAAUGCUUCUUAUUUGAUAAAUUCAAUUGCUUGACACAAGGAAUUAUGGUUUUGAUAAAUAUGACUUGUUGAUGAUACAUAUGACUAAUCAGUAGCUGAUCUGGUGCCUACCAGAGAUUAGAGAGGCUGUAGUUACUGCUACUAGAAAGUGAAAACAUCAAUCUUCUUCUAAUUAGCAUUUUCAUUAAUUUUUUGUUAGAGGAAGUAGACAGAAGGUUCUUAUUUUCACUGGUUUCAAACAAUGAUUAAUGCAGUGUCAUAUUUUUAAAUUUAUUUUUCUGGCCUAAAGAUUUUUCUGAAUCUGAAUAGAGUUCAAAAUUUCUUUACUAUUAGGAGUUGAUUUUAUCAUUGAUGACUUGUCAUAAUGUUGGGAGAUUGAAGAAACAUUGUGUAAAUGUAGGCAAAUGAAGGUGAGGGGUCAUUGCCAUGGAACGAGCACAGUCAUGUUUUCAAUUUAAUGGAGAACGACAAUUGGGCAUUCCAAGCAAGUUGUUUUGAGGAGAUUGUGAGUGGAAGGCUCAGGCAGGGAAUGUCUGUGUCACCUCAUUCGAUUGGACCUGCAGUGGGAUCUGCAAAUCAGUCGAGAGGAUGAAGGAUGUUCACCGAAGGUGUGGAGAGGGUGAAAAUUCACUAUGGCAUGCAGUUUUUUGAAAAACAAUAUUGCCUCCAAACUCAGGGGGAUGCAUGUAGGUGGGCCAAAAAAAGAGAGGAAACACCCAGAUUUCUUGGGCUGGUUCGAACAAUUUGUAUACAGAAAAUGAAUGUAAUUUCAAAAUGUAAGACAACAUAGAAUCGGGAGGGAGAAAGGUCCAUGCAGCUUAAGUUUCUUCUCCAUUUUGUAGGAGGAAGAGACCCCAAUAGCUGUAGUAAUGAGAGAGAGUGUGUUUGUAAUUAGCCAUUCUUCAAUUGCUUCCAGUGGGGGCAUUUUGUAUGUCAACUCCAUAAUAAGUGCCGAUAUUUGUG